UCCGACGAGUGCUUCCUGCCCGAGGCCAAGGUCAGCCGGCAGCCCGGCCCGUCGGGGGACCCGGGUCCGGUGUCCGUCGAGAGCGGACAGCCCGUCUCCUGGACCCAGGAAGAGAACUACAUCUUCAGGCUCUCGCAGUUCCGGGAGCCGCUGCAGCGCUGGCUGCGGGACCACCCUCAGGCCAUCACCCCCGAGCCCUUCCAGCGCACGGUCCUCCAGUGGCUGGAGGAGGACCUGCCGGACCUGUCGGUCUCUCGCAAGAGUAGCUACUUGCACUGGGGCAUUCCGGUGCCCGGGGACGACUCGCAGACCAUCUACGUGUGGCUGGACGCCUUGGUCAACUACCUGACCGUCCUCGGCUACCCCAGUGCCGAGUUCGAGGCCUGGUGGCCCACCACCUCUCAUGUCAUAGGCAAGGACAUCCUCAAGUUCCAUGCCAUCUAUUGGCCCGCCUUCCUCUUGGGGGCCGGCCUGAGCCCGCCACACCGCAUCUAUGUCCACUCCCACUGGACAGUCUGUGGCCAAAAGAUGUCCAAGAGCUUGGGCAACGUCGUGGAUCCCAAAGCUUGCCUCGACCGCUAUACUGUGGAUGGCUUCCGCUACUUCCUCCUCCGCCAGGGCGUCCCCACCUGGGACUGCGAUUACUAUGAGGAAAAGGUGGUGAAGCUGCUUGACUCCGAGCUGGCAGACGCGUUGGGCGGCCUCCUGAACCGAUGCACUGCCCAGAGAAUAAACCCUUCGGGGACCUACCCGGCCUUCUGCGCCCCCUGCUUUCCCAGUGAGCCCGGCUUGGCGGGGCCGGCGGCUCGCGCUGGGCCAGAGGACUACGCGCUGGUGAGCGCAGUGGCCACGUUGCCCAGGCAGGUGGCAGACCACUACGCGAACUUUCAGAUCUACAAGGCCCUGGAGGCAGUGUCCAGCUGUGUCCGGCAGACCAAUGGCUUUGUCCAAAGGCACGCGCCGUGGAAGCUGAGUUGGGAGAACCCCGUGGACGCCCCCUGGCUGGGCACGGUGCUUCACGUGGCCUUGGAAUGUUUGCGGAUCUUCGGGACUCUGCUCCAGCCUGUCACCCCAAGCCUGGCUGACAAGCUGCUGUCCAGGUUGGGGGUCUCUGCCGCAGAGAGGGGCCUUGGAGAGCUCUCUUUCUUGCCUCGAUUCUACGGACAUCCUUGCCCUUUUGAAGGGAGGCGGCUGGGACCUGAAACUGGGCUCCUGUUUCCACGACUGGACCAGUCCAGGGCCUGGCUGGUCAAAGCCCAUAGGACCUAGAAACUCAGUUCUUACGGUUUCUGGCUUGUGGUAAAAAGAGCAAGUGUGUUGUUUUGCAUUUUCAGGAAAGUUAUAUUAACGUUUUCUUAAGUGUUGCACCAAAUGAGCACAUAAGCGAUGUCCCUGUGAAAAGAGGUUUAAAACGUUUCAGGUGCCCAGCCCCCUCUUGUUUUCUCUGCCCACUCAUUAACCACUGCCCUUUGUAUGCCAGUGUCUCUACGAUGUCUCUAAAAAGAAAGAUGGGAGAGGCAACUCUGCUGAGACCAUUCUUUCUUCUGGUGCCUCCUUCCAAACCAGUUAGGUUAUUUACCCGGACUACCUCUCAUGGCUUGUUUUCCAUUGGCUGCCAGCCUCUGCCCCGGGAAUCGGAGUUGGGAUUGGAGGUCUCUACCUCAGCUUUAAGCCCUAUUUUGUUACAUAUGUUGGGUCUCCUGUUAAAAAGAGAUUCUUUUAUUAACCUUUACAAAUUCAGUGUCCUAGACUAGAUGUUUAUAUUUUCGGUUCUUAAAAUCAUGACCAAUGAUUAAUAUUAGCAGUCCAAUAGUUGUGCUUUGUAACACUACACUCCAACCAGUAGAUGGCUCUAGUCUCACAUGUGCAAUUAAGAUGGAGGUUCAGAGUCUUUAGAAGAAAUUUGUUUUCUUUCUAAUUUUGCAGAAUUUAAGAAAAUUUUUAUUGCUUUUCUUAAAAUGAGGGAUAACUGCAACCACUGCUGUUUUACAGAAAGCCAUAAAAAAUAUCAGAAUCCUCAGCUUUCUUCAGACUACUGAAAAAGGACAUUUAGUCUAAUUAAACAUUUACUAUGCUAAUAAGUAAAUAUAUCAAGUUUGUUCGGACUAUCUAUGAUAAAUUGUAAAGCUCUCUUGAGGUACUUGGUAUGUUAAAAUUUUAAACUUUAAUAACAGUAAAUUUAGAGGUAUGAUUUAAAAAAUCUUAAGUUGUUCAAAAGGGCAGUAUUUUCUUUAUAUUUUUUAGCCAUUAUUUUGUUAUUCACAUACAUAAUUUACCUUAUAUGAUUUCUUUUGGUCAAUCAGCAUCGAUAACACAAUACAGAAAUUGUACAAUAGUUACUAUAAAUGUUAAUACAUUUACUUUUAAGUAGUUUUUACUGAUUAUUUCUUAUGCUCUUUUAACUUGUUAUUAAAGUUUAAAAGUUUGUAAGUACCUUA